AUGAAUUUGUCACUUAUUACUUAUCUCAAAUUUCAGGUUGUGAACGAUAUUUGUAUCUUGUCAUCUAGUGGAAGAGUUGCAUCUUGUGAUGGAACAAUUCAUAUUUGGAAUAGUCAAACAGGGGAGCAAAUAUCAGUAUUUGCUGAGUCCCAAACAGAUUCUGGCAAUCCUACAAGUCAUCCAUCGUCUGCAUCAAAAAUUAACAGUGACCAGGCAAAUGUGCUUAAUUUGAAUACAUUAUCAAAUGGAAUAUUGUCUAGUGCUUUUGAUUCGAGCCUUUAUACUUGUAUGCAUCUAGUAGACUCUGCUGAAACUCUUGUAGUUGGCACUGGAAAUGGUUCUCUCAGGUUCAUUGAUGUUGCUCGAGGUCAAAAGCUUCAUAUCUGGAGAGGGGAAUCGAAUGAAUCUAGUUUUCCUUCACUUAUUUCUGCCAUCUGUUCCUCUGGUUCUGACAAGAUGCAAGCAGGUGGAAUUUCCACUUUUUCAUCUUUGAUUGCAACUGGAUUAAGUUCUGGUCACUGUAAAUUAUUUGAUGCAAGGAGUGGAAGUGUCAUUGCCUCUUGGCGGGCUCAUGAUGGGUAUGUGACAAAGUUAGCAGCACCUGAGGAGCAUAUGCUCGUUUCCAGCUCUCUGGACAGAACUUUACGAGUCUGGGAUUUAAGAAUGAAUUUGCCAUCGCAGCCCAUUAUUUUCAGAGGUCAUUCAGAUGCCAUAUCCAGUUUCUCCAUUUGGGGCCAAGAUGUUAUUUCAAUUUCCAGGAAUAGGAUUGGGCUUCUCUCCUUGUCUAAAUCUGCCAAUGAAACAGAUGGGCAGCAUCACAUUAACCCCCAGAAACUCUACGUUUCUGAUAAUGGAAUGAGAAGCUUGUCGGCAUUAUCAAGUAUUAGUAUACUUCCAUUCUCUCGAUUGUUUCUCAUUGGAACAGAAGAUGGUUAUCUGAGAAUCUGUUGUUAAAAAUGCUUCGUUAUUGCUUGUCUUUGCUUCGGCAGCAGUGAAUUCAUUUGUACAUCGUUAAUUAUUUGUUUCAGCCAAUAUGUCCUUGUAAAUUAAUCAAGUAAU